AUGAUUGUAGAAAUAACGUCUGUUUUGAAGAAAAGGCCAGUUUUGAAGCCUGAAGAGGAACCAAAGAACCUCUAUAAGCUCAAGUUAGCUAAAACCCAAAAGGAAAAUUGGUUUGUUGUGUACAAACAGAAGGAAGGUCAGGAAGUUCUGAGAAACAUGUUUUUCUUGAGAUUCAAACACUUAUACUCCACUACUGCUCUGAACUCUAUUCUCGGAUUGACUGAAGCUUGUAAAGGCAACACCUCUGCUGAUCAUAAGUAUUUCUUAGUCAUGAUCAAAUGGUACCUCAUGGUCAAAACCACCCUUUAUAAUUUGAUGCUGAAAUUGCUCAAGGUGCAUAAAAGACAACAGUCAUAUUCUCCUUUGGUAUUUGGCACAAAGGGGGAGAUUUUUGGGUUUAAACGUACUGUGUCAAAUGUGUAG